CAAAUCCCUAAUUCCUUUAUCAACACACCAAAAACUUCAUACACUCUUCGACAACCUGUUCUGAGGUUGCUCCAACAAUGUCGAACGCAAACCAUCCAUUCCCAUUACUGUUACUGCUUCUGCUCCUGCCACUGCACGCUUCUUCCUACGCACAUUCCUCCCAACUCCAUCGUCAUAUUCCACCGUUAGUUUUCACCGACGCCCACGCUCUCCUCGCCUUCAAACUUAAAGCCGACGUAAACGACCACCUUGACUUCUCCCCCCUCACGCGCGGCCUCCGCUUCUGCACGUGGCAGGGCGUCCUAUGCAACGGCCCCAAAGUAGAGCGUCUCAUUCUCCAGGGCUUAGAUCUCGGCGGCGUUUGGGCUCCAAACACACUCACGCGUCUCGACCAGCUCCGAGUUCUCAGUUUACAGAACAACUCACUCACUGGAACCAUCCCGGACCUCAGCGCUCUCUCCAAUCUCAAAAGCCUCUUUCUGGACAACAACCAAUUCACCGGUUCUCUCCCUCCUUCACUCUUCUCUCUCCACCGUUUACGAAACUUGGAUUUCUCUCACAACAAUCUCUCUGGACCUAUCUCUGCUGCCUUCACUAACCUAGACCGUCUUCACACACUCCGUCUUAGUUAUAACGCUUUUAGCGGUUCAGUUCCUCCGUUUAACCAGUCCUCUCUCAGAAUACUUGAAAUCUCCCGCAACAACCUCUCCGGCGCGAUUCCCGUGACGCCGACGCUGUUUCGUUUUCCGCCGUCUUCCUUCGCGUUCAACCCUAACCUCUGCGGUGAAAUCAUCCGCGUGCAAUGCCGUCCUGCGCAGCCUUUCUUCGGGCCCGCUGGGCCACCUAAGACGCCGCUCGGUCAGAGCGCGCAGGUGCACGGCGUCAGUGGCUUAAUCAGACAGCCUUACGCGAAGAAGCAGCGCGAUCGGCGGGCUGUGAUAAUCGGAUUCUCCGCCGGCGUGUUCGUUCUGGUUUGCUCGCUGGUGUGCUUCGCGGCGGCGGUGAGAAAGCAGAGGAGCCGGUGCAAUAAGGACCGGCGGUGCGGGAUGAUGGCGGCGGAUGUGGCAGCCACCGCGGAGGCCGCAGCAGUGAUGCGGAUGGAGAUGGAGAGAGAGUUGGAAGAGAAGGUGAAGAGAGCGGAGGUGGCGAAGAGUGGGAGUUUGGUAUUCUGUGCGGGUGAGGCGCAAGUGUAUACGCUGGACCAGUUGAUGAAGGGUUCCGCGGAGCUUUUAGGGAGAGGGUGUUUGGGAACAACUUACAAGGCGGCUCUUGAUAACCGUCUGAUGGUGACGGUGAAGCGCCUUGAUGCGGGGAAAAUGGCUGCCCAUGCAACGAAGGAAGUGUUCGAGCGACACAUGGAAGCCGUGGGUGGGCUUCGACACUCCAAUUUGGUUCCUCUUAGGGCCUAUUUCCAGGCCAAGCAAGAGAGGCUCAUUAUCUAUGACUUUCAGCCCAAUGGCAGUCUCUUCUCCCUCAUACACGGAUCGAGAUCAAGCAGGGCAAGACCAUUACACUGGACAUCAUGCUUAAAAAUAGCAGAGGACGUAGCACAAGGUCUGGCCUUCAUCCACCAGGCAUGGAGACUGGUCCAUGGCAAUCUUAAGUCCACGAAUGUUCUUCUUGGACCUGAUUUCGAGGCUUGCAUCACAGAUUACUGCCUCUCCGUUUUGACACACCCAUCCACAUUUGAUGAAGAUGGCGAUUCAGCAGCGUACAGAGCUCCAGAGACUCGCAACCCCAAUCAUCAGCCAACCCACAAAUCCGAUGUUUAUGCCUAUGGGAUUUUGGUGCUUGAGCUUCUGACUGGGAAAUAUCCCUCAGAGCUUCCAUUUAUGGUUCCUGGUGACAUGUCAAGUUGGGUGAGGUCCAUCAGGGAUGACAAUGGGGGCGAAGAUAGCCGAAUGGACAUGCUUCUUCAGGUGGCUACAACUUGUAGCUUGACCUCACCGGAGCAGAGGCCAACUAUGUGGCAGGUCUUGAAGAUGUUGCAGGAAAUCAAAGAAAUUGUACUGUUGGAGGAUACCAGUGAAUUGGAACUGCGCAGUGGUGAUUCCAUGCCUUAGUCUUAUUCUAUUUUAUUUUUCCAAAAAUUUUCGGUUUAAUUAUGUGAUAAACUGUGGAUAGAUGGAAAAAAUAUUAGUAAAGUGGGGUAAAAAUUUAAGAAAGAAAUCCAUAAAUUAUACUUUGUUGUACUACUUAAAUAGACUUUACCAUCUUGGUAGAUUGUGGAGGGUGCAUAACGUCCCAUUUUGGGCUUGUAUAUUGCUGCUGGGUUGUCCAAAGUGAAGUUUAGAGUAAAUAUUUUUCAUUCUUUUUUUUCCAGA